AUGGCGCCGCUCUCCUACUCCAAGACGGCCAAGGUGCCCAGAAGACCCUUCGAAGCCGCUCGUCUCGACUCCGAGUUGAAGCUCGUCGGCGAGUAUGGUCUGAAGAACAAGCGCGAGGUCUGGCGUGUCCAGCUCACCCUGUCCAAGAUUCGUCGUGCUGCCCGUCAGCUGCUCACCCUCGACGAGAAGGACCCCAAGCGUCUCUUCGAAGGCAACGCCCUGAUUCGCCGUCUCGUGCGUGUCGGUGUGCUCGACGAGUCCCGCAUGAAGCUCGAUUACGUGCUCGCCCUCAAGGUCGAGGAUUUCCUUGAGCGUCGCCUCCAGACUUGUGUCUACAAGCUCGGCCUCGCCAAGUCCAUCCACCACGCCCGUGUCCUCAUCCGCCAGCGCCACAUCCGUGUCGGCAAGCAGAUCGUCAACGUGCCCUCUUUCAUCGUCCGACUCGACUCCCAGAAGCACAUCGACUUCUCCCUGACCUCGCCCUUCGGUGGUGGCCGCCCCGGCCGUGUCCGAAGAAAGAAGGCCAAGGCCGCCGAGGGUGGCAGCGGCGACGCCGAGGAGGAGGAGGAGGAGUAG